AUGCCUAGCAAGUGGCAUCGACGGUUCACCUCGCAACGUGCUCAGCAACGGAAGAUGCACAAGCGCCGGUCCUCAUCGAUGUCAAUUCCGAAUUCCAUUUCUUCGAGAGCGCCGGCAAUGGGCUUGUUUGAUGAGUAUGGCCAUUCAAUUGGCCUUUUGGUUGAUUGCUAUCUAGAAAUCCGAGUUACUGGACUCCGCAGCUGUGUUAGUUUGAGGAUAUUGCUCAGGAACAGGUCUGGUCCUAGUGUGCACAAUGCUAUCUUUAGAGCUAAAACAGCUGCCGAAGCUACUGUGACAUCGGCAGAAUGUUACGUCGAUAUCGAUGGUAGCUCUGGGUUGGAGUAUAGAGAUCUUGUGAACUUUUGCCAUCAGGGCGCAACAUUUGAAUGUGAUGUUGGGCAUAUUCCGUCGAACAGAGACUGUGUGAUUGUUCUACGAUAUGAGCAUGAUCUUGUCACAGAAAAUGAUACAACUGUGAUACAUUUUCCUCUCCCCGGCCGCCGUGGUGAGAAGUUGAUUGCUCGACAGAAGUCCCAACCUGCACUAUGGAACGCCUCACAGAUGUUCUCAUUCAUUGCAUUGGAUAUUCAAGUCUCGAAUUUCCCAGCAAAAAUCACAAACGUUUCAUCCUCUCACUCAGUCUAUGCUUCGAUAAGUGAAGAAUCAAACGCCACUAUCGAAAUAGAUGACUACAUGUUCCAGGGUCAGGAUGAAGUAAUGAUUCGCAUCCUAUCGGAGCCCUUGUCGAGCAGACCAUCAUCCUACCACGCUAUAACCUCAAUGUCCGAGAACAUCCCCGUCAUCAACGUUAUUGACGAAACAACAAGUGAUUACAAUUCUUCUAUUGCAUCAGGUACAGAAGGUCUUAUAUUCGACUUUGAAGGAUUAAGAAGUAUAACUCCUCCAAGACCCACAACGCCUAGUGGUGCGCCUCCAACUAUCGAAGUCGAACGACUAUACUCCGACAUCUGGGAAGUCAACACCGCACGAUUAUCAUACAGCUCUUCUGGUGAAGAGAGUAUUUCAUCUACCCGCAGUGAAAGAUUAAGAAGGAGGAAGACUACGGUGCACAAGAAGCAUAACUCGAACGUCUCAUCAACACAUACCGACAUGUCUGAGAUGUCUUGGUUGGAUGACCCGUCAGAUGAUGAGGUCAAUGAUGAAGCAGAGAGGAUCUUCGAGGAGUACUCUUUGAAGGUGCCAAGGGUGGUUAUCAGAGAUAGCAUUGCCAUUACGGACGAGUUUGACGUUGAGGAGUGUAAGAGCAUCAAGAUAGUCCGACCCCACCGACCGAAGUUGGUCGAGGUCGCGAUUCCUUCGCCAGACAUCCCAGUGAUGUCAAUGGACAACUUUACCCCACCAACAAGCCCCACGAGGUCUAUGGAUCAUAGUUCUCAAGACCUUCUAAGGGAGAUCGAUAACCUCUUCGAUAACCUUAACGAAUUAGUUGAAUGGUCACCAACAUCCUACAUUGAGCUUGACGAGAAGUUCGCCAACGUCCUUGGUAUCCCACUCGAGCCACUAAGGAACCAUCGUGGCGCACAAGCUCAUAACCUACCCGACACACCAACUUGGGUUCGGGAAGGCAUCUGGGCGAACGCUGUUACUCUACAAUUUCUCCGUUUUGUAAUGGACUCCCCUUUCUUCAAAACUUUGAAUGAGGAUAUUCGAUCAGAGUACCGACUCCUUUAUACCCUCAUUGAGCUCCCAUUCUCAAGCCAUAUCCAACAUCUCACACCGGAAGCCUCGAUGAACAGACUCUCCGAGGAAGAGUUGAUGGAAUUGGCCUCCGAAGUUAUCCAAGAACAACUAAUGGAAGGUGACGAAGUAUCUUCCGCACCAUCUUCAAAUGCAGGUGAAAGGGUCAAGAAGGUUUCUAAUGCAGGAACAUACAACGACCCAUUCAUGUGCCGUCCGAUUUCCCCACCAAAGACUCCCGAUGAAGACAGGAAAAAUGGAGAGCUCGAGGCCUUUAUGGAUUGUUUUGAGUUCUAA